GGGUUCCGACAGCAAAUGCUUGACCAAACUGUAGACUGUUAUCUCCUCCACACAAAAUUUAAAAAACCACUUUAUUUCAGCAAAUCACUUUUCACAAAAUAUAAAGGAGAGCCAUCUCAUAAUUAAUAAACUAAUUUCGAUUAUUUAUUUUAACACCAAAAAAAAAAAAAAAAAAACUUCCAUUUUCCACGCUCCAAGAACACACCCUUCACUUUGCACAAGGUUUUGCUAGCGUAGAAAGUUAAUUAAAUCGAAUAUUCUUUUCUCGUAAUCGGAUUGUGGCGAUGGACGGUAGUGGUUCGGGUCGACUCGCCGGCACUGAAAUUCAUGGAUUUUAUACAUUGGAAGAUUUGGAUGUUCAAACUAUGAUGGAAGAGGCAAAGUCAAGAUGGUUACGUCCAAAUGAAAUUCAUGCUAUACUUUCCAACUACAAAUACUUCCCCAUCCACGUGAAGCCAGUGAACUUGCCCCAAAGUGGUACUAUAGUAUUGUUUGACCGAAAGAUGCUCAGAAACUUCAGAAAAGACGGUCAUAAUUGGAAAAAGAAAAAGGAUGGGAAGACUGUUAAAGAAGCUCAUGAACACUUAAAAGUUGGUAAUGAAGAAAGGAUUCAUGUAUAUUAUGCACACGGCCUAGAUAAUCCAACUUUUGUUCGCAGGUGUUACUGGCUGCUUGAUAAGACUCUGGAAAACAUAGUUCUUGUUCACUAUCGUGAAACAAAGGAGUUGCAGGGUUCUCCAGCCACACCUGUGAAUUCAAAUUCCUGUUUAACAACUGAUCAGUCUACUCCUUUGCUUGUCAUGGAGGACUUUGAUUCUGGAGCCGCUAAUGCAUAUUAUAAAGAUCUCAGUGAUAGCAUUAAUGCAAAUCAUGAAAUGACUCUUCAUGAGAUUAAUACACUUGAAUGGGAUGAGCUUCUGGUGACAAAUGAUGGUAAUGACUCGGCUGUAUCUAGUGGAGACAUGAGCACUUGCUUUGACCAAUGGAACCAAAAAAUGGUAAAUGGCCUCUCAAAUGAUGGUGGCCCUAUCUCAGCCUAUAAUUCAUCACCGGACAUUUCAUUGCUUGACAAUUUAGUUGAUCCAGUUGCUCAGAGUAAUAAUGCUUACCUCAACACCCCAGGAGGUGUUUGUUAUCAAACACCAGGUACCGAAGUAAAUUCUACUGUACAGAGGGAAGACUCUAGUGCAAUAGGGAUGGGUAAAUCAUUGGACCUUUUGAUCAAUAAUGGUUUAGAAAGUCAGGACAGUUUUGGAAAGUGGAUAAACUGUACUGUGACUGGAUCUCCAUGUUCAAUGGGUGAUCCUGUGCCAGAAUCUUCAAGUUCAUCUGGUCAAGAUUCCUUAACCUCCCCAGGGGAAAUAUUUAGCAUAACUGAAGUAUCACCUGCAUGGGCCUAUUCAACUGAGAAGACAAAGAUUUUAGUCACUGGAGUCUUUCAUCAAGCUUAUCAACAUCUUGCUAAGUCCAAUUUGUUUUGUGUAUGCGGUGAUGUAUGCUACCCAGUGGAAACUAUUCAAGUUGGGGUUUAUCGCUGUUUGCUAUCUCAACAUGCCCCAGGAUUAGUGAAGCUCUAUAUGAGUCUUGAUGGACAUAAACCCAUCAGCCAAGUUCUCAAUUUCGAGUAUCGUGCUCCUUUAUUGCAUGACCCAGUAGUUCCUCUAGAAGACAAGUCCAGGUGGGAGGAGUUCCGGUUGCAGAUGAGGCUUGCUUACUUGCUCUUCUCCACUUCCAAGAGCCUUAGCAUUCUAUCGGGUAAAGUGUCACCAAAUUCCUUGAAGGAGGCAAAGAAGUUUGCUCAAAAGACUAGCAACAUAUCCAAUAGCUGGACAUAUUUGAUUCAGUCAAUUGAAGAAAAUAGAGCUUCAUUUACACAAGCAAAAGAUAGUUUAUUUGAAAUUGCUUUAAAAAACAGGCUGAAGGACUGGCUGUUGGAAAGAAUAAUUUACGGCAGUAAAACAACCGAAUAUGAUGCUCAAGGUCAAGGAGUGAUUCAUUUGUGUGCUAUUCUUGGUUAUGCAUGGGCUAUUUAUCUAUUUUCAUGGUCUGGCCUGUCACUGGAUUUUCGUGAUAAACAUGGAUGGACAGCUCUUCAUUGGGCUGCAUAUUACGGCCGGGAAAAAAUGGUUGCUGUUCUUUUAUCUGCAGGGGCAAAGCCGAACUUGGUGACGGACCCCACCACCCAAAACCCGAGCGGUUGCACUGCUGCUGAUCUUGCGUCUUUGAAUGGUUAUGAUGGGCUAGCUGCUUAUCUUUCUGAAGAGGCUCUAGUGGCACAGUUCAACGAUAUGGCACUAGCUGGAAAUGCUAGCGGGUCUCUUCAAACCAGUAGAACAGAGGCAACAAACCUCGUUAACCUUAAAGAAGAUGAACUGUAUUUGAGGGAAACUUUAGCUGCUUAUAGGACAGCCGCUGAUGCGGCUGCGCGCAUAAACACUGCAUUCAGGGCACACUCCUUCAAAGUUCGAGCUAAAGCAGUUGAGUCUUACAAUGCAGAGGAGGAAGCAAGAAGUAUAAUUGCAGCUAUGAAGAUUCAACAUGCCUUUCGCAACUACGAGGCUAAAAGGAAAAUGGCUGCUGCUGCCCGCAUCCAAUAUAGGUUCCGUACUUGGAAAAUGCGUAAAGAUUUCCUAAAUAUGCGCCGCCAGGCUAUCAAAAUCCAAGCCGCUUUCCGGGGCUUCCAAGCAAGGAGGCAGUACUGUAAGAUUAUAUGGUCAGUUGGUGUGCUUGAAAAAGCAAUUUUGCGAUGGCGAUUAAGGAGAAAAGGUUUUCGUGGACUACAAAUAACCACAGACGAAGCAGUUGAAGAGCAAAGGCAGGAAACUUACGUAGAAGAGGCCUACUACAUAAGCAGCCGAAAACAAGCUGAAGAACGUGUUGAGAAAGCUGUUGUACGAGUUCAAUCUAUGUUCCGUUCAAAGAAAGCACAGCAAGAAUACCGGAGAAUGAAGUUGGCUCAUGAUUUAGCAACGUUGGAAUAUGAAAGCCUUAUCGGCCCUCUUUCGGAUAUGAUGCUCAAAGACCAUAGAAAGUAGAGGAUCGGAGAAAAGUAGUAUAACAACAUGGUAGUUUCAUAUGUAAGUAUAUUAGAACAUUGGAAACAUAAGAUCUAUCUUCCUCUUAGAUAUGUUACCGUAAAACCGGAGCAAAUAUGUUGUAUGUAUCUAGUUUGUUACAAAUGUAUCUUGCUCUGGAAUUAGGUUAACAUCUGGUAAAAAGCUUGUUAGGUAAACCUAUAUGUAUAUAUAGGUGUAUGACUAAUUGUGCAUGAAUUACGUUGUGUGUAAGUUGAAACUGAAUUAGCUGAUAAUUGGUCUCGAUGUAUUUAGUUCUUUUUGUUUGAUUAUCACAAUUAGAGUUGUUACACAUGUUUCUAGCAAA